UUUGUAACUGGGUACCAUAACUAUUACAUACCUGGUUCCUCCCCAACACUGCUGCUGAUAACCACUUGUGUACAUUAGACUUUGAUCAGUGUCAUACAGAUUGUGUCAUGUUUUUGCCCACUACUGUUGACUGACACACAACCAGCACCUGCUGCUUUAACUGGAAUUACAGCCACAUCUGAGGAUUAAGAAACAGCUUUCUGUUGGUAUGUCCUCCACUACCACCAUGUCAACGUCUGUACAGGUGGAGCCGGUCAUGGAGAGGGCUUAUGGAGGGGUUGGCCGCUGCAAGUGCUCGUUUUGGUUCGCAGUGGCUCAUGACAUCCUUGGUGUAUUCAUCAUGAUGGUGGGGGUAUUUGGAGGGCUAGUUAUUCAUGACUUGUUCAUCUAUGCCGGGGCCAUCGUUAUCUUCCUCAGUCUGAUCUGGUGGGUGUUCUGGUACUCUGGGAACAUUGACGUCCCUCCUGAAGAGCUGGAAGACGACGUGGGCAUGAUGAAACUGAAGAACCGUGGACUGAGUAAGGUCGUGAGGCAGGUGUCAGACCGCAUUUCGAGUGGGAUCAGGGACUCUUUCAGAAAGUCCAGCAGGUCCAACACCAGACGUUCAACCAGUGGACAGCAGCUGCGCACAGACGUGCACCUUUCCACCAUCUUUGACAACACCAUUACCUCUUCUUCCACCUCAUCGAAAGAACUAGUGAGAGAGACACUGUCAAUAUAAAUGAACUCAUCACAGACUGCAAACAACACAGAGGGACACAGCACAUGGAUUUUUGUGUUUGUGUCUUUUGUUUGUCAGUUUAUUUUUUUAAAAGGAUUUUGUGUUUGCUCUGCUAACAUGCACUUGUAAUGAUUAGACAGCACUGGAGUCUUAUCUGAAUAAGAUCCACAUGUUCUUAUCUGACAGAUAAGAUGUAAACUUUGCACACAGCACUGCAAAUGGAAGUGGUUUAGAGAAUACAGCUCUGUGUUAUCAGUGAUAUCUUACCCAUGGGCAGAUUUCACAGAGUAGAGAUGUCAUGACUGUAGAUAGAGG